AUGAAUCCUGAUUCAAACAAACGACAUACAGCCAAAUCUAUUAAUGCUACAAUUAUUUUUUGGAACGAAGAAAUAGCAAGUUUUGACGAUGAAAACGAAAUAAAGAAGCAAUUUUUGAAAGCUGAUAAGACAGUCAAUGCACCGCAUAAAUCUGACGAUAUGGAAGAUAAUGGAAAAUAUGUAUCAGUGAAUGAUUUGAGUUUUGAAAUAUCAAAGUCGGUGUGGGAUACUUGUAAGAUAAUCUAG